GAAACUUCUGCUUCUGCCAUGGAUACCUGUGAAAACGCACCUUCCCUCGCAACUUCGACGAAACUUGGGGCUCUCUCUCUCGUUCAUCAAGAGAGAAAGAAACAACCCAUGAAACUCUUUAUGAGCAUCCAAUGACGGCAGCCAUCUUCACAUGACAUCUGUGUCUCUGAUCUGUACCUUGGUUGUCAACUGAUGCCCCAGUUUCCUUGGCCUCCAAGACCUUUUCCACGGCACACGCGCAAUUCAGGUGAGGUUCCUCUAUAAUAACCAUCUUCCCAUCUCAAACCAAAUCACACCCGAGUGCACACACACGCAUCGGCUUUUUUUCCGAACGUAACUAACGACAGAGAGAUGGCGGCGCGAGACGGGGCGGUGGCGUUCGAGGACUUCUUCCCGGUGAUGGUCGAGAGGCUGGGCGCGCGGGGGUUCAUGGAGGAGCUGAGCAAAGGGUUCCGCCUACUGAUGGACGAGGAGAAGCGGGUGAUCACACUGAAGAGCUUGAAGAGGAAGGCGUCCCUGCUUGGGUUGCAGGCCAUGACCGACGAGGACGCGAGGUCGAUGGUGCGGGAAGGCGAUCUCGACGGGGACGGGACCUUGGACGAGAAGGAGUUCUGCGUGCUCAUGUUCAGAUUGAGCCCCGGCUUGAUGAAGGGUUCCAAGGAGAUGUUGGAGGAAGCCAUUGAUUCUUCUUGACU